ACGACUAGCAUGCGGGCAGCUUUUGCCCCGCUGACUUCCGUAGGAUCAUUGGGGAUGAUUUCGAUCAUGUCCGUCCCUAGCCCAAUGCCUACGACGACUCCGUUAUUUUCGAGUUCAUUGCCCCUAUCCACGUGUCCCGUUCUGGGAUCAAAUAUGUCGGGGAUAAUGGCUCCACCAAUGAUGUAUCCUCCGCAUCUUUCUUAGUUUGCCGCUGACCCGGCAAACGCUCAAGCGAUGCAAGGCUAUAACCAUGUUAUGGCCAUGAUGGAACAAUCGGGAGGGUAUAUGCUAUAUGGUUAUCCUGGUAUGUGCCCAAUGCAGACACCAGGAUUAACUCCCCUGCAAAUUCCCGGGACUACCCCAACGUCGUUCGUCCCCCGGAUGAUCCAUUUUGUCGAGCCAGUGAACUUGGUUUCGGAAAUGAACCAAGCUGGACCCUCACGCCCCGCCGGUACACCAGAUGGCCAUGUUGUUUCAGUCACCAAUGAGGAGGAAUGGGACGAGCCCCGUACUGACAAGGGCAAGGGCAUUGCCAAGCCUACCAAAACCCGAGACUCGGCGUUCAAAUGUCUUGGUUCAAAAAAUGAAGGCCCUCGGAAAUCUGCAAAAUUUAGGCUCGGACAUGAUACGGUUCGUCCUAGUGCAUUCGAACGUCAUGGUGGGGUGAGACGCAAGCAACCUGCUCAAUCUAGGCGGCCAAAGGGGAGCCAGGGCCGUCACCUGGAAGAAGGGGAAGCUGAGAGCCAGUCUAGGGCCUCCGCCUAUACAAGAUUGUCUUAUGGAAGCGCCGAUAAAGAUUUUGAUGAAAUUGGGUUCAUGGCAAGGAAGUUGCAAGCCCUAGAGGACAAAGUUGAGAGGAGUGGACGAAACAAGCAUACCUUGGCAAAGUCACCCUUUACUGCCUCGGUACACAUGCACAAGAUGACCCAGAAGAUAAAGCUAGAUGUUGAAAAGUUCACUGGUAAGGAGGAUCCAGACAUCCAUCUAGACACUUUUCACAACGCCGCUCAGAUGGCGGGUUGCACGGAUGCUGAGGAGUGUUUGUUGUUCUUCUCCUCUUUGAGGGGAAGGCCUGUGGAAUGGUUCAAUAAACUUCCCCAGGGCAAGAUCGGGUCUUUUGAAAAGUUGGCUGAAAUCUUCCGAAGGAAGUAUCAGGACAACUGCAUCAAGAGGAAGAAAUUCACCUACCUUAACACGGUAGGACAGAGGGAGAAGGAGACCUUGAUCGAAUUCCUCACUCGGUGGAGGGAGGAGAUGGACAAAUUGGAGGAGAUCGAUGACAAGACUGUCAUGUCACUCCUUAUGAACGCAUUCCGCUCUGGUGAACUCUAUACAAAAUUCUGUAGGAGACCUCCCGCUUCCUACCAAGAAGCAUACAACACCGCGUGGGAGUAUGGGGAAGCAGAGAACCUAAACCACAGCAAGAGAGAGCUGGAGGAAGGAUAUAAGGCCAAAUCAUCCCAGACCAAAAAAGAAGAUCAAUCAGGAGGCUCAAUGUCAAAGACUCAUCACGAAGGCAUUGUGCAUGAGAUCCGAGACGAUAAAAAAGGGGGCAAGCCCAAAAAGCCCUGGACCAAGAAGUGGUGCACCUACCACCAGUCAGAUUCGCACAAUACCACGGAAUGCCGGAGUAUGAAUGUUUUACUCCAGGAGAUGGUAAACAAAGGUGAGUUCAGCGGCGAGUACACGGAAGAGGCGAGAAAGGCAAAUAGCUUGAACCACCCGGGAGAAGGAGAAAAGGAUAAGGCAAAGAAACCUGCUACAAGGAAAGAGUACAUAACCAUGAUUGCGGGAGGGCCUGAAGGAGGAGACACGGCGUCUCAAAGGAAGAAUUGGGCCAGGAGCUUGAACCUGGCCACAGUGUUAGCAGAACCGCGUACUGGGGAAGAUCAUAAUGACCCAUUGGUCAUUACAAUGGAUAUAAACGGUGCGGACGUGGGCAGAGUAUUAGUUGACACGGGGAGCAGUGUUAAUGUUCUAUACUUGGAGACGUUCAAGAAGCUAAAGUUGGAUAGGUCACAACUGGAGCCCCUGCAGACUCCUUUGUCAGGAUUCACUGGAGCAACGAUUGAGGCUGAAGGAACUAUUACAUUACCUGUAGAACUGGGGACAGGUAGCAAGGUGGUGAGCAAGCGAAUGAAGUUCGUGGUGGUUGAUAUCCAUUGUGUGCACAAUGCGAUCCUGAGGCGACCCGGUAUCAACCAAGUAAGGGCAAUUAUUUCUAUGACUCACCUGUGCAUGAAGUUUUACACCCCCCAUGGCAUUGGGGAAGAAAGAGGUGACCGGAAGAAUGCUAGGUCAUGUAACCUGGAAGCUGUAAAGAAGAUGACCUGCCUCUUUGAGCGAAUCAAGGUCAUCUCCCAACAAGUGGAGAAGGGAGAAGAAAAGCAAAGGCUGGAGCCCGACUCUAGCACGGAGGAGGUUCAAAUUGACUCGGCCAUACCAGAAAGGGUGGUCAGGAUCGGUACCGGGUUACCAAUUGAACAGAAGGAUGCAAUCAUUCAGGUCCUCACCAGGUACAACUCUUUAUUUGCUUGGAGUGUUGUGGACAUGCCGGGGAUAGAUCGAUCGGUGAUAUGCCAUCAUCUAUCAGUAAUGGAAGGGUCUCACCCUGUGAGACAAAAGAAAAGAUAUUUGGCCAGCGAGCGUAGGGAGUUUGUGAAAAAAGAAGUCAAAGACUUGCUUGGGGCUCAUCCAAUUGUGGUCUUGACGGACCAACCCCUUGGUAUGGUCAUGAGAAAUUCCACAUCCUCGGGGAGGAUAAUAAAAUGGGCAAUGAUGUUGACCCAAUUCAACAUUGAAUAUCGUCCCCGAACAGCCAUAAAAGGCCAAGCUGUUGUCGAUUUCUUAGUCGAGAUGACGGGUCAGAAGGAGGAAGAGCAUGAGAAGGUAAUUACUGAAUCUUGGUGGACUAUGUCGGUAGAUGGGGCAUCCAGACCAAAAGGUUAUAGGGGAGGAGUGGUCUUCACCACUCCAAAAGGGUUCAAGGUUUACCACGCCUUGAUUUUUAAGUUCAAGCUAACCAACAAUGAAGCGGAAUAUGAGGCCCUCAUAGGUGGGCUGAGGUUGGCUAAAUCCCUGCAUGUUUCACGCCUGGUCAUCAAAUCGGAUUCGAGUCUGGUGGUAGGGCACGUCAAUGGGAAUAUGGAAGCAAAGGGAGAGAAGAUGCAACAAUAUCGAGACCUGGUGAUGGCCUUGCUACGAGACAUGGAAGAGUAUAAGUUGGAGCAGAUUCCCAGGAGGGAAAACACGGACGCGGACUUGUUAUCAAAGUUGACCCAAGCAGCCCCGGAACAUGUCUCGAAGUUGGCCAAAAUCGAGAUGGUGGAGAGGUCGAGUAUUGAGCGGCAGCCAGUCGGCCUAGUCAUGGAACUUGACCGGGUGGGUCUCAGCCUGGUCGAAGUAGAUGAUUUCUGGAUGACAGAUUUGGUCAAAUAUCUGAUGACCAGGAAAUUUCCUGAGGAAGAUGACCACUCACGAAAAGUGAAGUUGAGGGCACCUCGUUUUCAGCUAUUUGAGGGAAAACUAUACAAACGGGCGUUCGGUGGACCAUUGUUGAGAUGUCUGACGAAAUCUGAAGCGGAAAGAGUGGUUGCCGAGGUGCAUGAGGGUGUCUAUGCAGCCCACCAGAUGUCAAGGACCUUGGCGCAGAGAAUCAUCUUGCUAGGCUACUAUUGGCCGACAAUGAACAUGGAUUGUGAGCGGUAUGUACAUAAAUGUCCAUCUUGCCAGAUUUUCUACAAAUUCCCAGGGCGCCCCGCAACUUACUAUCAUCCGGUGUCCAAUAUUGUCCCGUUCGCAAGAUUCGGACUGGAUAUCGUGGGAGCUUUCCCCGUGGCUCAAGCAAAAGAUUUUGGAAUCACUCACAAUAAGGCAUCAGUGGCCUACCCCCAGGGAAAUGGUCAGGUAAAGAAUGCAAAUCGAACCAUAGUGGAUGGUAUCAAAAAGCGACUGGGGGAGGCCAAGAAGAACUGGCUGGAGGAACUACCUCAUAUCAUAUGGGCCUAUCGGGUGACAUCAAGAAGGGCUACUGGAGAAACACCUUUUGCCCUCACUUAUGGUUGUGAGGCAAGAUUUCCAAUUGAGGCAAAGAUCCCAACGUUCCGUGAGGCAGAAUACAGCGAGGAAGAAAACAACGAGAGUCACAUGGCUGAACUAAACAUGGUCGAGGAAAGGAGGGCCAUGGCUAAAAUGAAAAUGAUGGAAUACCAGCAGACAGUGAAGGCUUACCAUGACAAUAAGGUAGGACCCCGUUACUUCCAAGUAGGCGAUGAGGUCUUGAGACGCGGAGAAGCAAGCAAGCCUGGGGACGGAGGAAAACUGGCAAAGAAAUGGGAGGGUCCAUACAAGGUGACUGCAAUCAUCCGCCCAGGGACCUACAAGCUGGAAACCUUGGAGGGGAAAGAAGUUGAGAGGCUCGAAUUUAGGAUCCCUCUUCUGCAUAAGCCGGUACAUGCCAGUCCUCUCCGCCUUCUGCCCCAUCAUGAAGCCAUAGGAUCCAAUCUCAGUGGUCAUCUUUUUACCCUAAGGCUCCUUGAACAGAACCUCAAAGAAGUCCUUGGUUCCUUCAGGUGUAGCGGUCACGGCCCGGGCAACCUCAGCGUAGUGUUAGCCGGCCCAUUCCCCGGCCCUAUCAGAAAACAUCUCGUCUUUGGCACAGGAAUCAACUUCAAGGGUCCUGACUUCUUCUUCCCUCUUGACCAGCGCAUCAUUCAGUCGCUCAUUCUCCUCCUUAAGCCGGUUGAUCUCCUCAUCCUUCUCGUUGACCGAGAACUUCAUUCUGUUGUUCUCAAGGGUCACCUGCUCAAGGUAGGUCUUCACCUGAUUGGCACUGGUGACAUGUGCUUUGAUCUCUUCAUGGGCAGCAUCAAGCUUUCUUUGGAGUCGUUGGGAUUCAUCAUCGCCCGUGCCAAGAAUUCAUCUCGAGAAAGCCUCGGAGAACUCACCAUGCUGCAAAGACAAAGAAACGUCAAUAAGAAUUGAGAAUGUUUGAAAUAAAGCAAAGGAAAUGAU